AUGCGUUUUGCACGUCCAAGCACGUUUCUACUCCUGUCAUUCGUCGUCUCUGUUGUUUCUAGUUGGCAAGUCAUCUCUUGCGCUCCAGGCGCAACAUGCCGUGCCAUUCAACAACCGCAGCUCAUUAGACGACAAGAACUACAAGCAGCAACGAGCUGGGCCAAAGCAGAGGUCCCUGACAGGUUCAAGAACUGGAAGAUCUUUCAAGAUGGCAGCCGUGUUCGCGAAGGGAUUCGCAAAGGAUACGUUGGUGUCCUUAGGCAAGUCGACAAGAUGCGCCAACCGUAUCCCGAGUGGAAGUACAUCAAGAAGAAGUGGAUCUACGAACCUGAUCUCCGCAAGCAAUACGUCUUGCCGCGUGUAUUGCGAGUACCAGCCAUCUUGCAAGAGACUCCUGUCCCAAAUCUCAAGCAAUUCGUCUCCGCUGUCAAAAGUUCUGAGCCCGAUUCAGGCCUUAAAGCAUUAGCGCGCGCUCAUGUACCCGGACUCUCCCAAGAGUUGGGCAAAGACGGCACAAAGACACCUGUCAAGGUCAAGACCGAUGCAUCACCUUCCAAGGAGGAGAAUUCACGUAGAGCAAUUCGUGAGCGCAGGCGCUCAAGUUAUACUCGCAAGAAAAGCUUCAACGAUUUCAAGGCAAGCCAGCCCAAUCGCCGCCCGCCUCCACCGAGAACCCCGGUCCCUGAAAUUGAGUCGGACCAAGGAAUGCCAAGUGGACAAGCCAGUCCGUCGCGAGACGGAGUUUCCGUCAUCGAAGCAGCGUCAAGAGCCGAACCUUUAAUGGAAACUGUGGAACAGAAGUCUCAGAAAGAACCUCCAAAUGCUGAUGUAAAAUCUUUCCUCAUUGAAUCGAACGACAAGUACCAGCAAAUCAUGAAGUUCAAGGAGGAACAGAUCAGGAGGGCGGCAUCUCGAUACAUUGGCUAUCCGGAACCUGCCUUAACAGCCUCCACCAAGGCGAAACAGGGAGUGGUGGCAGAAGGCACCGGGCUGUCUCCCUUGCGUCUGAAGAAAGAGGGUUCGCAGGAGAUCAGCCCAGAUCCGACACCCAGGCAGUUUGACGAUCUCACGGCGAUGGAUGCCGACGUCUCCAAUCCACAAACACCACAAGCAACGAUCUCUAGCUUCUCUAGUUCACAUUUUCCAGGCACACCGUAUACUCCCGCAGGCUCGUUUCGCUCUCCACACGAUGUGGCGCCGGACCCUUUGCCAGUAGAGUCUUGGACGUCAAACAUCCCGAAAACGGCUGGCAAUAUGGAGAGUAACACACCUGGAAGCUUUCGUCUUCCUGCCGACUACACCGACAUCUUGCACAGGGCAAGAUUCCGUCCGAAUGUCCAACGUCUACCAAAUGAUUUGCACGUCUUUACCGACCCUAUUGGGCAGCAAAUCGAUCCUGCAAAGAGUGCGAGCGUGAGCGCAGGCUGGGAAGGGGGCAGGCCGACAAACGAAGGUAUCAGAAAGGUGCAGGAGAUAGCCGAGCUGAAUGACGCCGGUUACGCCAUCUACAAUGAAGAUCCAGCACUAGGGCAAACAGGAAAGGCGCAGUUUGUAAGGGGACAAUCUGCAAAGAUUCGUCCCAGCAGCAGCGACGACCAGAACGACCUUCAGACUCCAACCACCCAGUCGCAGGAUGCCUUGAACGCCAAGAAAGACUGGGAAACAGGACCAAGGGGCGAAACCCUGUUUACCGUGACACAGGCACGUCAAAGGCCAAUCUUUGACAUGUCCAGCUUCACGGAGUCUCCUAGGCUUUCAGACGUUCAUUCGCAGCCCCCCACUUCGAUUCGAGGUUCAAUCGCCGCACAGCGGUCGAAUGACGAAGUCGUUCAAGCUGGUAAUAAUCGUGCUCUCGAACCUACGUCGCCCGAAGCACCUCCUCGGAAGCGUAAACGACCUGACAGACUCGACGAGGCUGAUCAGAACACCUUCAACUUCCCACCGCCUAAGCUCGACCUUGCCUCUCCUAAAUUGAAAGGGUUCAAGCCUGCACUCAGAAUCAAAGAAGCGCCCAACAUCCACUAUGACCCGUCUGUUAAUCCUAACGAUUCGCGCGGCGUCGUGUUCAAUCGUGCAUCGAUGGCGCAACUUUUGCGAAGUCCUUCGCAGCGCGUUCGAGACGUUUAUCGAAGGUUGAUGAAUCUGUCGCCGACUUCCUCACGAGGGAAAAUAAUCAAGACUUUCAAAGAGAUGCGGAAACAUCCUCCAAGGCGGCAAGACGAUGCUGGGGAAUUGAAAGAUGCAACGUAG